CAAAUGUAACCCUGGUGAUGUUGAAAUUACGUUGUUUUGUUUGUACAGUCAUAAUUUUCCUGAUCUUGCUUUCUUUUUUGUAUCUGCAGUAAUUAUGCCACCUUCUGCUUUGGAUCAACUCAGCCGACUUAAUAUUACUUAUCCAAUGCUGUUUAAGCUGACCAAUAAAAAUUCAGACCGAAUGACGCACUGUGGAGUGCUUGAAUUCGUGGCUGAUGAGGGCAUAUGUUACCUACCACACUGGAUGAUGCAAAACUUGCUGCUGGAAGAGGGAGGCCUGGUACAAGUGGAGAGUGUUAAUCUUCAAGUUGCCACUUACUCAAAAUUUCAGCCACAGAGUCCAGAUUUUCUCGACAUCACCAACCCCAAAGCUGUAUUAGAAAAUGCAUUGAGAAACUUUGCUUGUCUAACUACUGGAGAUGUUAUUGCCAUCAACUACAAUGAAAAGAUCUAUGAGCUUCGGGUAAUGGAGACCAAGCCAGAUAAAGCUGUGUCCAUCAUAGAAUGUGAUAUGAACGUGGAUUUUGAUGCUCCUUUGGGGUACAAAGAACCAGAAAGAAGUGCUCAACAUGAAGAGACCACAGAUGUUGAAGCAGACCACAGUGGUUAUGUGAGCGACGUAGGAUUCCGUGCAUUCUCUGGCUCUGGGAACAGGUUGGAUGGCAAGAAGAAAGGUGUUGAGCCCAGCCCGUCACCAAUUAAACCAGGAGACAUUCGAAGGGGAAUACCCAACUAUGACUUCAAGAUUGGUAGAAUCACGUUCAUUAGAAACUCGCGUCCGCUGGUUAAGAAAGUGGAAGAGGAUGAAGCUGGAAGCCGGUUCAUUGCCUUCUCAGGGGAGGGCCAGUCCCUGCGCAAGAAGGGAAGGAAGCCCUGAGGUGUGGGACCCUCAUUCUGCCAGGAGGAAAAUAAAAUAAGAAUUGCAGCAUAUUGGAUGUUAGUUAUUGCAGUUGCAACACAAGAACGCUGCGCUGUCAGACGGAGUUGAUUUUCACUUGAAAACUAAGUUGUAAGAAUUCUUUGAGUUCUAGGGAUUUUUGUCCUAUGCAUUGCAAAGGGGGGAAAUGUGUCCUGGGUAAGUGUGAGAAGCAAAAGCAGCUCUUAGCAAACGGCCUGCCCUCCUCUCUCCUGGUGCUCUGUGCUUGGUACUUUCCCCUCCGUGUAGGCACCGUGCAGGUGAGCUUUGUGCUGUGGUGCAGCCCUGCGUGUGGGGUGUGGGGUGAUCUUAGCUCCAGGUGCUGGGAUGUGAUGCAGCCCAAGGAACUCAGGUUCUGAUGCUCUUUGUAAUUAGUGACAUGCCUCCGUAAUAACUAGAGAACCUCUUGCAGCAAUCUGGGGGGAGACAGCCGCCUCAUCUCAGGCACGGGAGGUGGGAUCUCAGUAAUAAACAAAGCUGCGCUCCUUCCUCAGUCGUGGCUUAAAACCUGGAGUAAAAGUUGCUAACUAACCGA